UUCCCCAUUCAUUCUCAUGCUUUCUUUCCCCACACAAUAAUUCUUUCAAAAACCCUUUUUCUACCUUUCUUCGUUCUCAUUCAAACAUGGACAAAACCCAUCUCUCAUCUAACAAUGAUGAAUCCACCACCUGCACAAGCAAAACCAAAUCCAGCUGCCGGAUUCUUGCAUCUCCCGCGAAAAUAAACGUGGGUUGUAGGCCUCAUCAUGAGAAUUCACUCAGGUUACAAGAGUUGUUAUCCAAGAAUGAACCUGAUGAAUUGCAAGCUCAAACUUUGUCUCCACCUUGCUCAUUUUCAUCUCCUAGUCCUAGACAACAUGUUAUUGAUACCAACGACAAGGAGAAGGAUGGCGGGCGAGAAAGAUUGAAGAGGCAUCGAGAAGAGGUGGCUGGAAAGGUUAUGAUACCAGAUGCAUGGAAUCAGGAGAAUUUUCUUAUGGAUUGGAUUGAUUAUUCUUCCUUUGAUAAGUUGUUGGCUGCUAAUGGAAUUGCAUCAGCUCGUGAAGCACUUAUGGCUCAGGGACGUAGAGGUAGAGCCAGCUCUCAAAGACUCAGGAUAGAAAGUAGGUGUUGAAUUUAAUAAUUAGUUUCAAUUUUCAUCUUUCUUGUUUGAGAUACAGUAUUAUGAAGAACAAGAUCUCUAGCCUCAUGUUUUCAGUCUUUAAAUCAUGCAUGAAAUCUUGAAUUUCAGAGCUCAUGGUUGCAGAUAAAUAAAAGUGGAAGCAUGUGAUAACCCAAUAGCCUUUUCUUUUUGCUA